CAGCAACGACCAAUUGCAGCGCUCGCAUUCCAACGCACGAGAUCAUCAGACAGCGGCUUGCUGCACUCCAGAACGCGCUAUGUGCGGCCGACUUUCAGCAGCUGGCGGGUUCCCCGGAUUGCCUUGGCGUGGAGUAGUUCCUGGCAUGUGAAGACGUCCCGAAACUUGCUAAGCCUCUUAUAAGUCAGUAAGGGAUGUCCUGUGAUUAGCGACACCUCAUCACUCUGCUCUCCUUACUCAUACCUACCCCUCUUACGUGUUGAAACUUAGACCAACAUGUCGAAGCGCUUCUCAACCGCCGAUGUUGCGUCGCACAAGACAGCGAGCGACUUGUGGAUCAUCGUAGAUGAGGAUGUCUACGACCUCACCAACUUCCAGGAGGAGCACCCAGGAGGCAAGAAGAUCCUCCAACGCGUCGCCGGAAAGGACGCCUCGAAGCAGUUCUGGAAGUACCACAAUGACAGCAUCCUCAAGAAGUACCAGAAGCAGCUACAAGUCGGAUCGCUAGACAGCAAGGCCGCGCCUCCAGCUCCUCCAGCUGCUGCAGCACCUGAACAGAAAGCGCCAAAGAAGGAUGUGGUCAAGCCAGAGGCCAACUCCGGCGUUGUAGCGCCACAGCCAACCGAGGCUGCUGCUGAGGAGUCCGAGCCUUUCGAUGCCUACGGCGACCUCAUCCCAUACGCAGACCCAUCGUGGUACCAAACAUACCACUCUCCCUACUACAACGAUACCCACGUAGCCCUCCGCGAUGAAGUCCGCCAAUGGGUCGAGGAGAAACUCAUGCCCAACGUAACCGAAUGGGACGAAGCGAAGAAGGUGCCCGACGAGAUCUUCCAGGAAAUGGGCGAGCGCGGAUACCUCGCCGGUAUGCUCGGCAUGCACUUCCCUACGGAAUUCACAGACAAGCGGGUCCAAUGUGUGCCGACAGAGAAAUGGGAUCACUUUCACGAGAUGAUCAUUACCGAUGAGCUCUCAAGGACAGGCAGUGGUGGUCUGGUCUGGGGUCUGAUCGGAGGAUACGGAAUCGGCGGACCUCCUCUGUUCAAGUUUGGCAAGAAGGAGCUUGUCCAGCGCAUUGGACCAGAUCUAUUGAGCGGAAAGAAGAGGAUCUGUCUCGCUAUUACCGAGCCUGACGCCGGUAGCGACGUCGCGAACCUCACCUGCGAAGCCAAACUCUCCGAAGACGGCAAGCACUACAUCGUAAACGGCGAGAAGAAGUGGAUCACCAACGGCAUCUGGUCCGACUACUUCACAACCGCUGUCCGCACUGGCGGAGAGGGCAUGAACGGUGUGUCAGUACUCCUGAUCGAGCGCAGCGCUGGUGGUGUCUCCACCCGCAAGAUGGACUGCCAGGGUGUAUGGAGCAGCGGCACUACCUACGUUACCUUCGAGGACGUCAAGGUCCCUGUCGAGAACCUCAUUGGCAAAGAGAACCAGGGCUUCAAGGUUGUCAUGACAAACUUCAACCACGAGCGUAUCGGCAUCAUCAUCCAGUGUCUGCGCUUUGCCCGCGUCUGCUACGAGGAGAGCGUCAAGUACGCACACAAGCGCAGGACUUUCGGCAAGCGCCUCAUCGACCACCCUGUCAUUCGCCUCAAACUCGCACACAUGGCACGCCAGAUCGAGGCAAGUUACAACUGGAUGGAGAACCUCAUCUACCAGUGCCAGAAGAUGGACGAGAUGGAGGCUAUGCUGAAGCUUGGUGGCGCUAUUGCCAGUUUGAAAGCGCAAAGUACCACAACAUUCGAGUUCUGUGCUAGGGAAGCAAGUCAGAUCUUCGGUGGUCUGAGUUACAGUCGUGGUGGACAAGGCGCGAAAGUUGAGAGGCUGUAUAGAGAUGUCAGGGCUUACGCUAUUCCUGGUGGAUCGGAAGAAAUCAUGCUUGACCUGAGUAUUAGGCAGGCGCUGCGGGUGCACAAGGUGCUGGGUAUGAAGCUGUAAACUGCUUGAGCGCUAUAUCUAUCUGUACCAAUAUCAUAUGUCGUUUUCCGUCAUGAGUCUUGCGGCCGUUCCGUCUUGUUGAUAUUAGAAAAAGGAACAAUGCAUCCCGAGGUCCAUGAGCCGCGCGUAACGCGCACGUGGUGGGGAAAUGAAUGCGAUCCUGAGUUUCUAGCUCCCUCACGACGAGUCACCAUAAACAGACGCCUUAUUCGCGACUCCUUACAGUAGCCACCACAUAUAGUUGCGAUCACUCAAG